UCGCCGUUGGCAAUAACUGGAAUGCAGCGCGCAAUACGUACUUUGGUGAAGAGACCUGUGGAUAAGCGCCCACAGAGUUUUUAAUCCUCUAGAUUGUGCGGUUGCAGCUAAGGAUCUUGGCCAUUGGUUCAAGACUAUCGUGCUGCGUGCCGCGAUGGAUGUUUCAUUUGACGUCGCCGAGUAGGUGAUGGCGAAUAGGCGCGGUCCCUGAGGCUUCAACAUUAUGCGCCAGGGAUAGUGCGGGCGUCUAUAACCCAGGACGUUCUAUAUCUCCCAUACAUAGAACGGAUAUAUAAACGAGAUUCUCACCCGCUAGCAAUCUUCAUUGGUAUCCGAAAGUCCAAGCCUUUCAAUAUCUAUCAUUCUUCGAUCUAUACCGGCUUUCCACCUGUGUUGCCCUACAAACUCGAUGUCUCGCACCAUUCACUUGGCGAUAUUCUCUAAUGGCGCCAGGCCAGCUCACUAUGCUGUCUUCAUCCCUACUGGUGAUGCAGGCAAGGUGGGAAAGCUUAUUCAUGUGACCGGAACCACUGCCACGGGCUUCUUCCUUGAGUUCAAGCGCAACUACGACUUCAAUCUCACACAAAGGAAGCACCAGCUCAUUCCACUUGCCCAGGUCAAUUCCCAGUAUAUAACAGAUACUGUUGGCACCGGACAGCAAUCCGCUGAUACAAUUGCUCGUGAUCGACUGGAGUCAGUUGCUACAACUGUGCCGCCUCCGGGACGCAGCGCCAAUCCUUUUGAUCCGUCGGUAAGCCGGCCUCACCGCUGGAACAGCCAUGCAUACUGAUAGUUGUUUUAGGCACCCAACUGCCAAGAUUGGAUGCGAGACUAUACCCAGAAACUUAUUGCAGAAGGCCUGGUUGCGAGUAGCGCCGGUUCGGUUGUUCAAAGCGCUCCGAGACUGCUGUGAUAUCUGGAUAGUCAGCAAAGCAUCUCCUUUCAUGGUGUCGCAUUGCGAUUCCGCUUUACAUGGAUCCUUUGCAUGGUGCUGAUAACAAUCGUUGAAAGAAGGACUUGGUGGGGCUUGCGUAUUCCAUAUCUGGAAGGCUACUAUAUGAAGUAACAAAUCAAUUCGAUUAAACGAU